AUGGCUCUCCAACCCCCAGCCGAGCCAAUCGAGAACCUGAAGGACCCCGGUGCACACGAGCUGCCUGGUGUCCCGAAGAUUACAGAACCUGAAGAGUCCGACGACCACUUCUCUGAUGCUUCAGAAGGCACUCCUUCAUACCCUCCUGCCUUCACUGGCCGCAACCGCGCCUUGUCCAUUCCUGUUACUCGUGUCGAGAAAGUAGACGAUGAACCCAGACAUGGCGAAGUUCCUGGAACCCAAGCCUACAACAUCAGAUCACAGGAUGCCGUGCCUGACGAGAUUGAGAUUGUCCCCGAUGGCACCAGAAGUCGUAGCACCUCGCAUGUGAGCGAGUCGGACAGACCCGUCACUCCUGGUGGCACUCCGGUUCCUCAUCUCGUUGUAGAGAAGGUCGAUCCAAGCGCUCCUAGCCAUGGCGAUGUCCCCGGCACCGACGCAUACGAGAUGCGAAGUGCUGAUGCUAAGCCUGACGAGGUCGUCCAGGCCCCUGCUUCAUCCAGCGCCCCCCUUGAGCCAUCACCAACUCCCAAUGACAGAUCUCGAUCCCCAAGCCCACCGUUCGACCAAGAAGUAGCCGACGUCCUGAUUCCCUCUGAGAAGCUCCAUUCACAGACAUCACAAGAGACCUCCCAAUCAGAACUUCCACUCCACCCCAAGAUCGACACUACCACCGCACAAGCAAUAGAGGAAAACGAAGACGACUUUGAUGAUUUUGACCAAGUGCAAACACAAAACAACCACCAAGCCGACAAUGCCGAUGACGCUUUCGGUGACGACUUUGACGAUUUUGAAGAAGGCGAACAGGCUGAUGGGGAUGAGGAUGAUGAUUUUGGCGACUUUGACGAUGGCUUCCAACAAGCACAAGAGACCCCUGUUGCCGCACCUCCUCCUCAGCCUGUACAGCAACCCCUAGCACACCUUCCCAAUCUCAACUUCGACGACCUGCAGACCUCGGACGAUAUACUGGAAGCAAUGUCUCCUUACAUGUCCGAACUGUUCCCCGAGCUCUACGACCCAGAAGCUUCUUCGACAGACAAAUCAGCAACAUUACCUACCGACCCUAUCCUCACCGACCGCAGUGCAUCCCUCUGGUCCCAGCUUGUUGCACCCCCUCCAUUGCAGCCACCCAACUGGAUUCGCAGUCGUAUCCGCCGCCUGUUUUUGGUCUCGCUCGGUGUGCCUGUCGACCUAGACGAGAUUCUGCCAGCCAGCAAGCAGAAGAAACUUGUCCUGCCCAACAUCCAUCUACCAGAACAGAAGAAAGAAGAAGAAAAGGCGAAACAGAACGGAGGCAGCACUGGAGGAAGAAAAGGUCCCGCACCUCCACCAGAGUUCAAUGCAAACGAAGCAGUCAUGCUCGCCAAAACGACAGACACCGCCAUCGAGGCAUACUCAGAUGAUGAGCUCAAGGCACAUGUGCAAAGACUGGAAGAGCUCAUCAAGGAUGCGAGCACCGUGCUCGAGUACUGGGUCAAGAGGAAAGAAAGCGCCGUGGGUGACAAAGAGGCGUUCGAAGGUGUCAUUGAAAACCUUGUCGGUUUCGUCAAGAGCAGACGCUGA